AUGGCUGCGACUUCUCGAGCCGCCUCCCACCUCCUCCCGUUCCUCCUCCUCCUCCUCCUCGCUACGUCCGCGUCUGCUGCGCGCCGCCCGCCGCCAACCAAGGCGCAGAUCAAGGCGGAGGUUUCGCGGAUGGCAAAGCGGCUGCUGCAGCGCUACCCGCAGUAUUCCAAGUUCUCAAAGGACUUCAACAAAUACGUCAACCUCGCAAGUCAGUUCUGCUCCCUGCCUCUUCCCCCCUGCUCCCUCCUCCCUGCUUCCUCCUCCCUGCCUCAUCCUCCCUGCCUCAUCCUCCCUGCCUCAUCCUCCCUGCCUCAUCCUCCCUGCCUCAUCCUCCCUGCCUCAUCCUCCCUGCCUCAUCCUCCCUGCCUCAUCCUCCCUGCCUCAUCCUCCCUGCCUCAUCCUCCCUGCCUCAUCCUCCCUGCCUCAUCGUCCCUCGCUCAUCGUCCCUCGCUCAUCGUCCCUCGCUCAUCGUCCCUCGCUCAUCGUCCCUCGCUCAUCGUCCCUCGCUCAUCGUCCCUCGCUCAUCCUCCCUGCCUCAUCCUCCCUCGCUCAUCGUCCCUGCCUCAUCCUCCCUCGCUCAUCGUCCCUCGCUCAUCGUCCCUCGCUCAUCGUCCCUCGCUCAUCGUCCCUCGCUCAUCGUCCCUCGCUCAUCCUCCCUCGCUCAUCGUCCCUCGCUCAUCGUCCCUCGCUCAUCGUCCCUCGCACAUCGUCCCUCGCUCAUCGUCCCUCGCUCAUCGUCCCUCGCUCAUCCUCCCUCGCUCAUCGUCCCUCGCUCAUCGUCCCUCGCUCAUCCUCCCUCGCUCAUCCUCCCUCGCUCAUCGUCCCUCGCUCAUCGUCCCUCGCUCAUCGUCCCUCGCUCAUCGUCCCUCGCUCAUCGUCCCUCGCUCAUCGUCCCUCGCUCAUCGUCCCUCGCUCAUCGUCCCUCGCUCAUCGUCCCUCGCUCAUCGUCCCUCGCUCAUCGUCCCUCGCUCAUCGUCCCUCGCUCAUCGUCCCUCGCUCAUCGUCCCUCGCUCAUCGUCCCUCGCUCAUCGUCCCUCGCUCAUCGUCCCUCGCUCAUCGUCCCUCGCUCAUCGUCCCUCGCUCAUCGUCCCUCGCUCAUCGUCCCUCGCUCAUCGUCCCUCGCUCAUCGUCCCUCGCUCAUCGUCCCUCGCUCAUCGUCCCUCGCUCAUCGUCCCUCGCUCAUCGUCCCUCGCUCAUCGUCCCUCGCUCAUCGUCCCUCGCUCAUCGUCCCUCGCUCAUCGUCCCUGCAUCACUCUCCCUGUUUCAUCCUGCACUUGUCGCUCCAGGAUGAUGGAUUUUCUUCCUGCUUUCCCUCCUUUUCUUACCCUUCAUGUGCCCUCCAGUCACAUUCACCUGCUUGUGAACUCCAAGUACAACUUCUCAGCACUUGCUGACGCCACCCUCCUCAUUCCCAGCAACACAGCGGCAGAGGCGCUUUCCAAGAGGCUUCCUCUCACGUCCAAGAACAUUCCCCGGGCCUACAACAUCACAGCCUACCACAUCAUCGCAAAACGUUUCAUCCUGCCCAAGAUCAAAUCCAUGCGGGCAGGCCAGCCGCUGCCGACUCAGCUGCGACAGGCUCUCUACAAGCUGACGGGCAGGAACGGCAGUGUGGUGCUGUUUGGGACGUACCCUAGCACUAGAGCCCGGGGGAUUGUAACGACCAGGGUGGUGAUUCCGGGCAUGUACGUUGGGCCGUACUUCAUUGCCCACAGCGUGGACCGCGUGCUGCUGCCUCGAGGCACCCGCGUGUGA